UGCUGAUCUCUUUCAGUGGAAGUACAGUUUGAAACUAGUCUGGGGAUUAGGAAGUGCUCGUCCAUCUUAGCCUGUUGAUUUAUUCUGCCAUCGACAGAGAUGGUGAACAGAGUGGAACAUCGAUUCAUCAAAGAUACUGCUUGAAAGUAGGAACAGAUUACCAGAAUGGCUUCAAUUGGACAAAUAAUCUUUGCAAGUAUGAUUGUUCUGAUAGUAGUCAUUUCUGGACUCAUCAUUUUCAUUUUGGCUAUUGCAUUUUCAGUGUCCCAGGGUACCGUUGAGAGCAGCAGUCCCUCUACUGUGGGGAAUCUUGAGGAGGAUGUGGUCCUGGAUUGCAGGUUUCUUAGCAACAGUGGCAAUGAGCAAUUGAGUGAUGUGUCAAUUACUUGGCUAAAAGAUGCUGUGAGUGGUGUGGUCUAUGAAUACAAAAACAAAGCAGCCCAGCUCCAGGGGCAGAACAAACAGUUCAAAAACAGGGCCCAACUGUUCUCAGAUGCUAUAUCAACUGGCAACGCCUCCCUUCUGCUGAGAAAUGUGAAGAUGGAGGAUGAGGGUGUGUAUCGCGUCACUGUCAAUGCACCAAAAGUCUCAGGGACUACCAGUGUUAACCUUAGAGUGGCUGCUUUCACAGCUCCCACAUUUACUCGAUGGGGAAAUGGCACUCUAUUUGCUGAGGCUCAUAGAUGGUUUCCCAAACCAGAGGUUAGCUGGAUGAGUCAGAGUGGGCAGCUUUUAAACAGCAGCACCAAUUUCACCAACAACAACGCUGGAAUCAUGCGAGUUACUAGUGUCCUCGAAACACAAGUAAAAGUGGAUGACAUCUACACCUGUUUUAUUGAGAACGCUCUUGUGAAAGCUAUCUCAGAGGCAACUGUAACAGCAAACAGUGUGACAGACAAGACACACUUCAUUUUCAGUGCUGCAUCUACAAAAGUGUCAUCCUUACAACUUCUGUUCACAGUCAUCCUUAUUCUCUCUGUAACCCAGACAAGUAUCUCCAGUGGUUGACUGAUGUUUUCUCAGGUUGGUUGCUGACAGUACAUACAAAAAUGCAAUCUAUUAACCAUACAUCCUGAACCAUAAUGACAAUUCCCAAUAAAAAGACAAACUGUAUUUAAAAA